CGGCUGAUAGUGGUUGACGGACACCAAAAAGGCUGCCUUUUCCCCCUCUGCCAGCGACCAUACCUUGUACCUCGACAGCUUAGGUCUUGUACCUUUUCUUCCAUCUCAGCAUCGUAUCACUCCAGGGCCAUCACACCACAGCUCUGCCAGUCUGUCAGAUACCUACUUCACAACAAGCAAGGUGCUACAGAAAGAGUGCAUAAAUCACCCGUAUUCGACUUCGAUAUCAUCACCAACACAGACGUAAAAGUCAGAUCAAGUUGCAGCUGCUGUGCCUCCACGUUCCAUCACCAAACACUCGAAGCCUUGGCAAAGCAGCGGACUGCCGAAGACCCCGAGGUACUUUGUCUCUCCAGAACAGGUACCUACUCCGUACACACACCAACACCACCAACGCAAACCGUUCAGUGUUUCCGUUGCCAGUCCUCGGUAAACUCUGCUCCACUCAACGGGACCACCCUGCCGCCUAAAAGCUCCUUUCGGAAAAGCAUUCCUGCGAAAGGCCGACCGACCGGCCCCACCUCACUCCCCAGCUACACCUUUGCUAAGGUGUCCAGGUGGUCAGUGCUCCCCGACAGCCGACCCCACUCCGUCUCGCGGCUCACCUUGCCUUCACCUUGCCCUGCUUGCGGUGUACGUCACGGUUCGGUCCAGACCUACCUUACCCGCCUCCACUCGAAAUCCCCGAGCUCCAAAACCUCCACACCCCCCGAACCCCAAGCGAGUAAGAGCAUCAGCAGCACAGCACAGCACAGCUCGACUUCCCAUUGCGACUCGUAUCGAGACCAGCUCCGACUUCAUCCCACCACGGCACGUUACGGAUAUCACGCUUCAAGCCAAACGGACAUCUCACGCGACAACAUCCAGCAUUCCGUCCAAUUGCAUCACGUCACCAAAAACUCAAUUGCGCCUACAACCCGAGGAAUACUCGACUAAGGCAAAGGCAGCCAAGACCCAAGGCUAGGAAGAAUACGGACGUCCCACGCGUUUUCUUCCCUCUCUUGCCAUCCUCCACCAUCAACCAACCAACCAAGACGACGGCUUUACAUACCUGAGCUACCUUACCUUACUUACCCAUCUCACACCUCCAAUCUGUCCACCUCGUCCCAUCGCAACGCUUCAGAGCUUUCCCCAUCUGUUGCGUAUUGAUCAAACACUCCCCUCAUCAGCUUCGGGGCAAUGGGAUUGGCCACUACACCGGCACCUUCUCCGAUUGUUACUGGGGGAGUCUCAUUAGGUUCGUCGCACCUCCUCCCUCCAUGUUCGAGACGUCAUUGAAGGUUCUCUUCGCUGCCGCCUACCGCGCCUCGUGUCACGUCUACUUUCGAAAGAAAGAAAAAAAAAACCCCCCUUGCUUGCAUCUUCCAGUUCUUCAUCCACUUGCGCGCAUGCGCGUGUUUCAAAGCUCACCUUGCUGACCUUGGCCCUUUCCCACCGCGACAGACUUUUAGACCAAACCCUCCCAGUAGCCUGCCGUCAUCAUGGGCAAGCUACUUUCACUCGGCGCGAGACUGCGCUACCCGAUUACCAUUACAAAACUCCUCAAGCGCCCCGGCGACGCUGUCCAAAAACAGGAAAGCGUGCUCGAGUACUCCUUCAAAUGGAUGCGCGAGGUCGGCGACCCCAUCGCGGGCAACACCUGGCAAGAGGAAGAAACCACAGUCGUCGGCUGGGAUAGUCCGGCCGAAGGCACACUCAAAGAAUGGCGUCUCAAGGAAGGCAUGACAUUCACCCGCGACGCCCCGUGUAUGAUGGUCGAGGAGGCCUGCUCCCACGAGAUCCAGUUCCAAGGCUUGUGCGCCAUCUGCGGAAAGGAUAUGACCGAGGUGAACUGGGCCACCGCCGAACGCGAUACUCAGCGCGCCACCAUCAACAUGACUCACGAUCAGACCGGCCUCAUGGUCAGCGGCGACCUGGCUGCGCGUGCCGAGUCCGAUACCCAGAAGCGUCUGCUACGACAACGGAAGCUGAGUCUAGUUGUCGAUCUCGACCAGACCAUCAUCCACGCCUGUAUCGAACCUACGGUUGGCGAAUGGAUGGAGGACCCGUCAAAUCCCAAUUACAAUGCCGUCAAGGACGUCAAGAAAUUUCAGCUCAACGACGAAGGCCCGCGAGGGAUGGUCACAUCCGGCUGCUGGUACUACAUCAAGAUGCGGCCCGGCCUCGCCGAGUUCCUCGAGAAGGUUGCCGAGCUUUACGAGCUACACGUCUACACGAUGGGAACACGCGCAUACGCUCUCAACAUUGCCAAGAUCGUCGACCCUCAGCAGAAGCUCUUUGGCAACCGCGUCAUCAGCCGUGACGAGAACGGCAGCAUGAUCUCAAAGAGUCUCCAGCGGUUAUUCCCGGUGAACACAAACAUGGUGGUCAUUAUCGACGACAGAGCAGAUGUGUGGCCGAGCAACCGCCCCAACUUGAUCAAGGUUGUGCCGUACGAUUUCUUCAAGGGUAUCGGUGACAUCAACUCGAGUUUCCUCCCCAAGAGACAGGACAUCCUGCCCGCACCGCCGGAACCCGAAGCGAAGCCAACGCCAGCCGCCAACACGACAAGCGCAGCACAGACGAGCGGGGCGUCAACGGCCGACCAACCAAACGGCAAGGUGUCUGCCAUUGACGAGCUGGUAAAGAUGAGCAGCGGCGACGACAAGGUCCUGCAGGAAGCACAAAGCGGAGAGCAAGAAAGACUGUUGGAACAGCAAAUCAAGGAAAGGCCGCUGCUCCACAUGCAAGAGGCACUUGACAAAGAAGACGAACAAAACGAAAAGGUGACACAGGAAACCGAAAAUGGCGCACAUAUCAUGACAGUACAACAUCGGUCGCAAGUCCUUCGCGACGACGACGCUGAGCUGCAUUACCUACAGCAACACCUUGCCCAAUUACACCACAAAUUCUACACCGAAUACGACGAGAAGCGCGCUGCCGCACCUGCUCAGUCUGCCCCUCGGAAGAAGACGGGCGACGAAGGCAUCGACCUUGAUGCCGUUCCAGACGUUGGUGAAGUCCUCGAUACGAUGAAAGCCGCGACCCUUGAAGGCACUACGAUUGUCCUGUCUGGCCUCGUUCCCCUGGGCGUCGACGUUUUACAAUCCGAGAUUGGCAUCCAAGCGAUGAGCUUCGGCGCUCAAAUUUCGACCAGGGUAUCCAAGCAGGUCACCCAUCUCGUUAUUUCGACGUCUCGCCCACGGACGCAGAAGGUCAGACAGGCAGCCAAGAUCCCGAGUAUCAAGAUUGUCAGCCAAAAUUGGCUGUCUGAUUGCCUCAGUCAAUGGCAGCGUGUCGACGAAGCGCCUUACCUAGUCGAGGUCCAUCCAGCAGACCGCCGCCAGCUAGCCAUGUCCGAGUCAACCGACGCGGAGACAAUCUCUGAUGCCGAUGGCGAUGAUGCACGGCCGCACUUGACAAUUAUUGACGAAACGGGCGAGCAACGCGUACUCGAGGAAGACGAUGAUGCCUCGGACGAAGACGAAGGCGACCAGGACGGCGAUGAAGAGAACAUGAUGCUCGAGUUUGAGGACGGUCAAGUCAGCCCGAUAGACGGCUUGAAGUCGUUUGACUGGGAAGGUGUCGAUGACGAGAUGAAGGAGUUCCUCGGAAGCGACGACGACAGCUCGGAUGCCGAUACGGAAAGCCGUAGUGGCGAUACCGAUGCCGGCGAAGACCUGCCCUCAUCCCAAGAGUCUUCAAACGCGGUCAGUGGCGGUACCAAGAGGAAAGCCAUGGACGAUGACACGGCUUCCGACGAAGGUGGAAGUGCACUGUCCAAGAAGCAACGCAUUGCCAAGAGUCGUGGUGCUUCCAAGCUGAGCUCAGUACGGACUCCCAACGUCGAGGACAACAACGAGUCGAGCAGCCUGCCUACUCCUCAAGUUACUGGCGAUGAGGAGGACAUUGCGCUCAUACCGGACAAUGUCGCGGCGAAUGGAGUUGACGACUUUGACGAGGACGAUCUCGAGGCAGACCUUGAGGCCGAGCUCGCUGCCGCCGGAGAGGACUAGUGAUCCUUACCGCCGUACAGUGAAGGGCAUGAUGCAUAUAAAGAUGAGCUGAGAAAGGGGAAGACCGCGAAAGUGAGGAGGACCGCGAGGAAGAAUGUGAGGAAGAAAAAGUUGGUUGGCUAUGGUUCAUUCGGUUUAUACCCCAGCCUUUACGUUGGCGAAGCAUGGCAUGGAGUUGAGAUGUGCAAAUAUUUGUAGGAUUCAAAGUGCAGUACUGCUUGUUGGGGGGUUUGGUGAAUAGACGAUCAGGUGUUGGGUCGGUGCAUAUCUAGCCAC